AGAACGGCGAGUUAAACGGUACAUUAUUGCGAUAUAAACACGUCUGUAUUCCCAUUGCUAUUACAAGUACAAAAGUCAAACAUGGAUGGUUUGCGCUCGUAUUUAUGUUUUAUUAUUCAAGUAUCCGCGUUUGCCACAAACGAUGCGGUUGUACGUUUUGCCAACUACUAUGGCGAUCACAUGGUUCUUCAGAAGGCACCCGCUCAGGCACACAUCUGGGGUCUUGGUGGAAUAGGCGGUCAAUCCAUAACAGUUGCAAUGGAUGGAUAAAACGUUGCCAAUACCACGGCAAAUGGAUCUGGCGAUUGGGAAUUGCUACUUCCGGCAACACCAGCAGGAGGGCCUCACAAUAUAACUGUACAGUCCAAUGGAACAACCGUAACACUGCGUGACGUCUUGUUUGGUGAUGUUUGGAUUUGCUCAGGACAAAGUAACAUGGAGUACUUUGUUUCAUGGCGAUCUUCAGUGCAGAUGAGAAACUUCUCAACAAUAAUAACGACAGCAAUGCAGAGCAACAACCAGCGGAUUUUACACCUGAGUCAUAACCCCUUGAACGCGUCAGCAAGAGAGCCUACGAUUUCGUCUACAUGGCAGGCACCAGGCCAUGAUUGGCAAACAGAGAAAUUCUCAGCUGUGUGUUUAAUAUUCGCAAUGGAACUGUCCAAGCACUUGCAUCAACCUUUCGGGAUGGUUGAAACCAGCGUGGGAGGAACCCCCAUUCAUGCAUGGUCAUCGCCAGCAGCGCUCCACGCCUGUCCGCAACAGAAAAAGAAACGAGCUCUUAAUGAAAAACGUCCUAGCGUGCUGUAUAACGGGAUGAUUGCACCGAUAUUACCAAUGACAAUAUUCGGUGCUAUUUGGUACCAAGGUGAAGCUGACUGGGCGACGCCACACCUUUACGCAUGCCAGUUCGAGGCUAUGAUAAGCGACUGGAGGGCAAAGUUCCACCAGGCGUCAAAGAAUCAGACGAGCGUUAUGUUCCCCUUCGGGUUUGUUCAGCUGGCUCCACAUCGCAAUGUUACCGGCGCCCAUUUUGGGUGGCCCGACAUUCGCUGGGCACAGACAGGAGGAUAUGGCUAUGUCCCAAACCCGGCUCUCAAAACCGUAUUUAUGGCCGUUGCUAUGGACCUUCCUGAUUAUGCAUCUCCCUACGGAAAGUAAUGAUUACACCACUAUUCAUCUUAUUCAAUAAUAGAUAAUGGGGAGUUAAAAAGUACAUGUUAAACAAAA